AUGAAAAGGAAAGCGGUGAAUUCACCGGGCUCUUCAAGGAAACAGAAAAUGUCCAAGGUAGCUCUUGAUAAAAACAAAAAAUAUGAUCGUCAGUUAAGGUAAGAGAAAUGAAUGUGCAUUGUGAUGCGAAAAAAUAGCACUAAGAAAGAAACGCGAGGGGUUUCAGAAUGCGCAGAUACGCGUGUGAGCUGGAUGGUUCGCUAUCAGUGGUUUUUGUUAACCGCGUUGUCAACCGCGUCUAAGAGAUCUUUGAUACCAGAAAAGAAAAGAUAAUGGAUUAAACGUUUGUAAGGAUCGUGAUGGGUCCGCCUGCUAGACAGAAAUGAUUAGCAAAGUGGAAAAAAAAAUCAGAUUAGGUCAUUACCUUAGACAGACUAAUAGUCCUCCGUGGCUGGCCAUCCAUGCUUCUACAUUACGUAGAAAUAUUAUGUUUAGAACGCUCGGUUUUCCAGUUUCAUUUAUCGUCCUUUUUUCGUGUAGUUUUUUAUCUUUCUCAUUGUGAUAAUGUCGUAGACAGAGUUACAUAGUUAAGAUACUGAUCAUUGAUCCUGAGGGCUCGACCAAGGACAGCCGAGUGACUAUGACAGUUUCCAGCAACCUUUAACUCCCAAAAUCUGUCAAGCAAUUUUCAGGGCUAUAUGUUACACAUUUUCCUUUAAUAAGUGUGUCAGAGAAUACUUUCUGGCUUCCAGGUUUAUUUUCCUCUGUGUAUGUGACACCUUUUAUUUGCUAAAUAUGAUUUACAGUUGAUUAUAUACAUGUAAAGGGAUUGUCCAGGUAAGAGAAGUCCUGGAAAGUACUGCUUUUUGUUGUAGAGACCAACAUUUUGAUGACCUCAGCGUAAGUCAUCCUCAAAGACUACAUGAAUGUUGUCACAACAUCAGUCAGUACUAGUGAUAGCAACAGUUCUUAUCAAUGCUAUUUCACCUAUACAACCAGACCGCAAAAUCCUGUCAACUCAAUUACUGACUAGGAUUCAAACAUAGAACUCUAUAUCGGGAAUGAAGGGUCAUUUUACCAUUAGACCACUAAGCUCUUAUAGCAUUGUCUUCAGGACUGUAUGAAAGAUCCUAAAAAAAAAAUUGAAUUCACUUCUGUUACAGAGUCAAAAGGUGAUUUUUUAACUCAUUAUUUUAUCUAGUUAGAUAAAACAUGUGUUAUUUUUUGUUGUGGUUGUUUAGAUUGUGGGGAGAUCAUGGACAAGAAGCUCUUGAAGGAGCCAAGAUUUGCUUAAUAAAUGCAUCAGCUACUGGAACUGAAAUUCUAAAGAAUCUCAUUCUUCCAGGUAAAAUUUAUUAUUUAAAUUGUGGUGACAUUUUAACAUUCAGUGCUUGUGAUUGUCAUAUGCACCUGGGCAAGCAGUUUACAGGCUUCUUGUUAAGAAAUGUUGUUGCAGGAAAAUAAAGUGAGGCAGUAGAAAAAUUUUUCUUUAUAUUAAGAUAACAAAAAGUUCAAGUCAUGAGAAUUUUGCUAAAUAAUCCUGCCUUGAAGCCAAGAAUUCUCAGAUCACCAGUAACACAUGUCUUAAUUUUCAAAUUGUAACACACUGAAUGUGGUUUAUUUCCAUUAGGCAUAGGAUCUUUUACUAUUGUGGAUGGCGAGAAAGUUACUGGUGAAGAUGUAGGCAACAAGUAAGUACAUAGGAAGCAAACAUUGUUGCUCGAUGUUACAAAUCAUUUGUAGAUUGUUAUACUCUUUUUAUGCAUGAAUAUGAGUAGAAGAGGAAAAACAUUUUUAAUUACUCUGUAGAUUAUUCAUUCUCUGAUUGAUAUAAAUCUUUGUGUUAUUGAUAACUUGAUUUAAUUUAGUUUAUUUUGCCUUUUGAUUUUUCACAGCUUCUUUUUAGAUAAAGAUUGUAUCGGAAAGGUAUGGAAAAUAAUUUAACUACAAGUAACACUAAACGAAUGCAUUAAGAUGGUAACAGUGCCUUAACCUUUAACACCCAUGAGUGACCAAAACAGAAUUUCUUCUUACAGUAUCUAUACAAUAACAACCAGAUAAGUGAUGAGAAGAAAGAAAAAGAUCAAUUUGUAGAUAAUUAGUUGAUCCAGUACUAAAUUCUCUGAACAAGCAUUAUAAGAAUUGUAUGGUUGACAGUAAGGAGAAUUACAAAUUUGAUUUGGGAGUUAAAGGGUCAAGUUGACAGUUAUUAGCAGUCUUUAUGUUCUAUAUAUAUAUAUGUGUUUUUGAAGUGAAGUAGAACAUUUGGAAUGUACACGUACAGCUUUAUAGAAACAUCAGUGAGAUAACAAAACAAAAUAAAUCUCCAUUUAUUGAAAGGGAGUAGACUUAUUAAUUUAAUCAGUUGAUCAUGUCGGUCAUGUUUCUCUUUGAUUAGUCUCGGGCAGAGUGCACCACUGAACUUCUGCUUGAACUUAAUUCAGAUGUGUCAGGAGAUUUCAUUGAAGAAGUAAGCACUGAUUAAUCUUAUAUUGUUAAAAAUUGAUCCUCAAAGGAAUCAUCAGUGUUCUCAAGUUUAUUGUUCAGGCCAUCUCAUAUAGUAGUUUAUUUUCCAUGUAUUGAUCAUUUAAUUAAACUACAGUUUUGUUAUGAGAGAAACAAGCAAGAAUGUAUUCCUUUUCCCUAGAUCAAAUUGCCCAUGGUGAUGUUAUAGUCUGGUUUUUCCAAGGAGACGCUGUUUGCAUUAAAUUGUUGUCUAAUAUAUUUAUUUCCUGUAUUUGUCACAUUUUUUUUCCAUUUAUGUCUAACUGACUUCCACUUUAACUAAACAUGGGAAAUGAGACAUACAUGUAAGACCCUCAUGAGAGGCAUCCUCUCAUGAAAUUUGCAAACUUUGCGAGGAAACAAUUUAAAUAUUAAACAUGUACAGCUGUACAUAUAACACUGCGUUAAUCUCUAAUUUGAGUUUCAUUGUAUAAUGCUUUUGGUAAAUGGUCAUAGGUUUGAGUGAAAGAGUAUUUAAAUACUCAGCAGCUCUUGCUUGUCAUUUAAGCCUUGUGUGUUUCAUUGUUUCAAUUAGACUACAGACUGCUUGUUGCGGGAGAACAGUGACUAUUUCAAGUCAUUUACUGUGGUUAUAGCUACUCAGCUUCCUGAGGAGUAAGUGGAACCUAAAAGAUAAGUUAUGGAAGCGAUCCUCAGAGUUAUGAACACUUCUUAAGUAGUAGUGAAAAUAAGGCCUGAAAAAAAUUCAGGCCAGUACAGGAUUUGAACCCAUGACCUCUACAAUACCAGUUCUGACUUUUCUUCAGGCCUUAUUUUCACUACUAUUUAAGUAGUGUUCAUAAUUGCGAGGAUUGCUUCCAUUUUCGUUUCUGCAACGGCAGUUCACAUAUAUGAUUUUUUUAUAAUUAUUUACAGUCAUUGAGAAUAUAAUUUGUUGUUUAAGGAGAUACUCAUUAGCAUUCCAUCUUUGAAUUAUUUAAUUUUUUGGUUUGAAUCUCUACCACCUUCAAACUUUACAACUGUUCCAAUGAAAAAGGUAAUUUAAAGUUCAUUUUUAUUUUCAGAACUCUACUAAAACUUGGUUCCCUGCUCUGGUCCAGAAAUAUUCCACUGUUAGUUUGCCGUUCAUAUGGCUUUAUUGGUUGCAUGAGAAUUGUGCUGCAAGAGCACUGUGGUAAGAAUCACAAUAUAUUUUUGUGUGGAAUAAUGUUGCAUCUUUAUUUGUGAGAUUAGCUUGCAUUCUGUGUAAAAGUUUUUGACUGAAAAGGAUUAAUUUUUGUGGAAAUAUUUGGGUAAAAUUGCCAGCCUUCGUCAGUCUGUUGCUGUGUGAGUGGUCACACUGCAACAGCUUCAAACUCUGGGUUCAUAUGCUCAGAGCAGCCCUCCGAUGGGAGUGUGGACUUUGCUUCUAGUCCACAUUCUAUAUUUCUGUAUACUUGGCUCUAAGCCACAAAAACUUGUUGGAGUACACUGUAAGCAACCAGUGCUGGUAAACUUUUGGCCUGCAAUAGAAAAGAGAUAGCAAAUGAUGUUUACUUUUGUAGCUUGACUUUUCGUGGUAUGUAUGGCAACAAAUCUGUAACAUGUGAGAAGUUUCUUUUCUUGACAACGAUUUUUCUUACUUAUGCAGUUGUGGAAUCACACCCUGAUAGCACUCAUCCAGACUUAAGAUUAGACAGGCCUUUUCCUGGCCUUGUACAGUAUGUGGAUGCUUUAGAUCUUAACACCAUGACAAAACAGGUAAAUAUUGUAUGUGUAAGGAGACACAGUGUUAGAAAAUUGGCGACUAGAACAUUUCAUCAUAACCUUACCAAGAGAUAUAGUGGCAAACUUCCUCAUUAAGUUUGUUUCCAAAACGUAGCACAUGCAUCUCGAUCGAUAACAAGACGCCAUUUUGGAUUUAGAUAAGCCUGAGCGUUGUAUAUCAUCCAUCCUAGUGUCCACUUUGUAGCACGUUAAAGAUCUUUUUCCUAACAUAAUUUUGGAGGGUCUAUCUAGAACGCUGACAGCGUAAAGAAAAAUUUUGUUUGUCUUUGAAAAUGGCUACCAACUUUUUUUGAAUUGGCUACCACUUUGAAGAAUUUAGAAGCCAAGUGGCUAUCAGAAAAAAAAAAGUUAAUUUCAUGCCCUGAGACGCAGUGUUAGAAAAUGGUAUUCACACUGGACUCUGGAUCAGAAAGUCCAGGUGUAACCCCUGACCAGGAGAUUUGCUGGCUUAACAGUUGGCAUGUUGGAUUCUGCAUUGAGAGGUGCAGGUUGAAGACCAGGCUGAGUCAUUGUGUUGUGUUUUUGGACUCUGCUCUACAAAGUGCAUGUCUCUCUACCCAGGAGUAUAUAUGGGUACCAGGGUUCUGUCAGGAAAGCUUGGCAAUACUGGAGGGGGAAAGGGGAAUAACAUUAUUUUCACUGAAAUAUUAUAAAGCAACAACUUAAAUUACUUCAUCAAGCUGUUCAGUAAUGCUUUUUUAUAAACUUAGGGAAUCAUUUUGUUCUGGGCCCAGUUGUAUAAAGGGUAACAGAUAACACAUAAAGGGUAGCAGAUAACGCUAUCCAACGGACAAAUCGCUGUCCAGGGGAUAAGUGAUAGCAAAAUGUAUAGUAUUAUCAACUGGAUAGAGUGCUAUCCAGUAAAUGGUGUUAUCCAACAUUCAAAAACUGUUGCCUGAUCAAUAACUAGUUCUUUGUUCACAUUUGUCAUAGGAGCAUGGCCACACUCCAUAUGUAGUACUGUUGUUAAAGUACUUAAACAAAUGGAAAGCAGAGGUGAGUCCUUCUGAAAUGAGCUUUUUAAAAUGUUAGCAAUAUCAGAGUUAUCAAUCUCUAUCAAUGUAAGCUUUAAGUGUGGAAUUAAGAUAAUUCUGACUUCUAGGCACAGUUUGAACAAUAAAAUUCCCUAGGUGAUAAAUCUACAUGAAUGUAAGCUUUAAGUGUAAAUAUAAUUCUGACUUCUAGGCACAGUUUGAUCAGUAAAACUCCUUAGAUGAUCUGUCCCAGGAUAUAAUUAUAGAUAACAUUAUCAUGACAAUUCUCUUUAUCCUUGUUUAAAAAACAUCAUCAUGACAAUUCUGCCUGUUAGAGUGGAUUCUUGUACAUCAGGUUGCAAAAAAAAACAACUUCCAUUCAGUGGAGUCCUUUCUCUUAUGGAACUCCUGUACCAUAUUUUUUUAUUACCAUUUUUUUUUUUUACGUCAUCUCCAACUACUAAGAGAGAGAAGCACAGCAACAUGAAGCCCAUAUGUUAUCUGGAACUCACUUGAAGCAUUUAGAAAGCUUAUUCAAAUUGUGUGAAGGUGGACAUGGGUUCAUCACAGAAUGAUUCCUUAGUCCAUCUUUCUUUAUCAAAAUUUUUGGAAAAGUAAGUAAGUUAUGGUACAACUACUGCCUUACAUAUGCACUAAACUUACAAUUAUAUCUGUCUGAACUUGAUCCAUUUUCUCUACAGCAUGAAGGCAGAGCUCCGCAAAAUUACAAGGAAAAAGACAUGUUUAAACAAACAAUUAGGGGAGGUUAGUUAGUUGACGCUUGGUAAAUUAUGUUAAAGCUUAAAUUCCAUCUCUUUCAAGGCAGGGCACCAACCAUGUACUGAUGCUUUCUUUGAAGAUUGUAAUUAGUCUGUGACCAUUUGAACUGUCUUUUUGUGGAAGAGCUACUGAUUAUUGGUGCUCCUUGUUUGGCAAGGACAAAUUUUAGACAUCUGCAUCAGAGGCAGACUUUCUUCUUGGGGCUUUAAAGGGAAUCCUAGAAUGACACCGUAGGCCUGGCAAUGUCCCUCUCUAAUGUAUUAAAUUUGUAUAGUUCUAACAGAGAAAGAGUGCCUUGUUAAUUUACUUUUCCAUCAGGAAUUUUAGUCAACAAAGAUGGCAUCCCAGAAGAAGAGGAAAACUUUGAUGAGGCAAUAAAGGCUGUGAACACAGCUCUUGUUCCAACCAGGGUAAGGACGAUCAUUGUAAGUGAUCAUAGUUUCACUUUGUUGUGAAGUUUCCAAGUCUUAAGCUUUGCUCAUAUCUUUGCAUCAUUUACAAAUUUUUUGUCGCUUUUCUUGCAGAUACCUAGUGAAGUUUCACAAAUAUUUGCAGAUGAUUCUUGUUGUAACUUCACUGAAUCUGUAAGUAUACAUGAAUGAUAAAGCAUAGAAUAAAACUAGCUAGGUACAUCUACAGAAUGCCCCCAUUGUUAGCCUGUAUUCUAAAAUGAUAAUUUCCUCUGCCUUUAGCAUAGUUCGUUUUGGAUCUUGGCCAAAGCUGUUAAAGAAUUUGUAGAAAAUGAGGGCACAGGUAAUUUUUGGUUGCUCAAAAUGCUUUGAAAACUGUUGCUCUAUCUACACCAUGUAUAUUUUGUUUGUGUACUCUUUUUUCCAGACCUCAGAUUCUUCAUUUCAUUAUUUAUUAGUUUGUUUUUGUUUUAUAAUACCUACUUAUAUUUGUUUACUCAUUUUGAUUCCUUCCUCGGUUCUUUUGCCAUAGAUUGCUCCUUCACCUAUUUGUUAAGGUUCUUCUGUGCAUUUGUUUAUUUUUUUUCUUCAUUUAUUUUUUCUUUCUUCAAUUGUUUAGGUUUUAUUCUCUUUUUUUUUUGGUCUCUUUUUCGGCAUUUCAUCCAGUUGUUCACUUAAACAAAUGAUGUUACCUUCACUUCUUGAAGAAGCCUGGAUGAAAAAAACAAUCAUUUCAUUACAUUUAGCCAUCGUUGCUAUUUCUUAUUGUGAACACCACAUAACAAGGAUGAAUGACAUGUGUUUCCCUUAGGUGCUCUUCCAUUAAGAGGAUCCAUCCCAGAUAUGACGGCAGAUUCUAAAAGAUAUAUUGAGCUUCAGAAUAUGUAAGUGUUAUUGUAACCUUUGAUCAGGUGAAGAUACAGACACAUGUUAUAUAUACGUGUCCUCUUGGACUGGAACAAAAUAUCAUUGUUUGAGCAGUCCUUCUUUCCCAGUGUGAUGCCUUGCUUAUCAAAGUCUUGGUUUUACCGGGAAAAAAUUCUCUUACUCUUUUAUGUUUUUUUUUUCUGAUUCUUGUCAACUUGCUGUCAUCUUGCUUGCUGUAGAUACACUGGGAAAGGGAGAAUAGCUUAUAUAAAUCCAGGCUAACAUAAAACAUAACAGAUUACUUUAGCAUUUCAACUCAUUAAUGACAUUUUUUUUUCCUUUUUAGUGCUCAUUCUAAUUAAUUUGAGAAGUGAUACAUUUAGCAGUAAUUCUGUUGUGCAUGAACCGUGUAUUAAUUUUCAAGGCAGCCAAAACAAGCAUUUGAUUAGAAGUUGAUUAUGGUCUGUGUAUGAUUGCAUUUUUCAAGAUAUCAAGAACAGGCAAGAAAAGAUAUUGCUGUAGUAACUCAAAGGGUGCAUAGAAUAUUGUUUGACGUAGGAAAGGUGAGAUGCCUGUGGAUUAACCCUCAUUUGUAUUUUUUUUCCUUUCCUACUUUUAUUAAAUGUUCAUGGAGGACUUUAUUUGUUAUGAGCAGGUUCCUUUUUUUAAUGAAACUUGAAUUGUUACAUGGAGGGCAAGAUCUGUAUGUGUACUUGUGGAUUUUUGAUCUGUUAGUCUCGGCACUUCUGAGAACAAUUGCACGUUUGUUUUUUGUUUUUUUUUUGUUGUUGUUUGCUUAUCUACUUGACCCCUUGAUUAUUUUUCAGUCAACAGAUAGCAUUUCAGAUUCGGAAAUUAGGCUUUUCUGUAAGUAGAAGUAAUUUGUAAUGUUAUCUUAAAUCUUCAAUCCAGAUACCCUCAAGCCCAGAAAACUGAAGUGAAAAUCAUUGAAAGAUUUGGAAGUUUUUUUAGCAUCUAUCUGCUCGGUAGCGAUUUAUCCUCUGAAUAGUGCUAUCAGUCCUUUGAACAACUGAGGCUAGUGUAGAUCUGUGCAAAAGAAAUCAACCAACGAUAGAUUUUUGAACAGAAAGGAUAUGUAAUAUAUAUCUUCAUUUUAACGUGAACAUUCUCUCUCUCCCAAGAUUUUAUAUUUGACUUUAAGUGGUUUUUGUGGUAUUUAUGAUUUUCUGUUUAAGUCUAAUACACAGUUUUCUCCUUCAGGUAAAAAUACAGCAUUUUUGAGAUUAAUUCGGGGUAGAUCCUUGGCUGAGGAGAGUGAACCUUCAUUGGCCAAGGCGAAUGAAUUAGGUUUGUGUACUUCCCUCUCUAUUCAAAUGUAGGACCCCUACGUUUACAUCGAGUAUCGAAAAAUAAUCUGAGAUUGUUUUCGCUUUGCUCCACUCCGCUCUAUGAUUGGUCCAGAAAACUCGCGCCAUCCUUUCAACCAAUCAGAUCCAAAACUAAAACUAAUCGCAACCCCGUGACUCGCACAUUUUCCCGCGCUUUAAGCAGUUUGCGUCUUUUUUCUUUGUUAUCUCAUCGGCUCCAUGUGAUAUUUUCCUUUCUUCUGAUUGGCUGUGAUUUCUCUGGUUUUGGUCUUAAAACAGUCACUCUGAUGAAGGGCUAACGCUCGAAACGCUAGCUUUUUUACUCUUUAUGGUGGCCAAUUUACGUUUUCAACUCAGUUGUUUACACUAAAUUACCAGCUAUACUCUCCUACCGACGCAGCACCACGGUUUCUUUAGAAACUUAACUCCCUUAAAACACUCAGUCGAGCGCUCUUCAUUGGAGUGAGCUACUUUCUAUCGCCGUAUUCGUACACUAUACGCGUAAUUAUUCUCUGUUAAAUUGUUUUUUCCUCCUUUUCAGCCGGUUACCUUGAAGAUCCGGACAGCGACGUUGUGUUCUAUAUCUUAUUAAAAGCAGUGGAUAGGUUUUACUCGCAGUAUCAUAGGUAUCCAGGUAAACAGACAAAUUUCAGUUUUCCGAAUUUGAAUUAUCUGUUUUCAAUUUUAUUGCUUAUUUUUAUUUGGCUUGUAUCUCACUUUUAGCGAGGAAUUUAAAGAAAAAUGGUAUCAGGUUUGCUAGCAAGCUAAUUAAAUAACUUUGUGGCAACUUUUCUUCAGGUAAUUUUGAAGAUCAAGUCGAGGCAGAUGUUGUGAAGUUAAAGGUAUGUUGGUUUUGUAGGAGUUGAUUCAGUUCGUAGCCUGAAAAUCUGAUUCGACUGGCUAUUUUAUCAGCCUACGGCGGGAUCCGAAGAUCUGAAAAAAAAAAAAAAACACCUUUCUCUAUUUCUUUACCGAGCUCAAAAACUUACCAUCUCUCUUAUUUCUAUCUACAAACAUUACGCUAUCGACAUUGCUGAUCCUAGCAGUGUGCAGGACACGUGUCAUAUGAACUUCGUUGACGAGUAUUUUCUUAAUAUUCGGACAGUAUAUCAAUUUACAUAUAUUUCCUCAGUGAAAAUUAUUGCCUCAUAGCACAGCUAUCUAAAUUGUGUCAAUACCACAUGAACGAGUAUGUGUAUUACAAUUAGAAAAGUACUUUCUUCUUCUAUUGAUGCCAGCACAGUUAAACUGAUUCAUUUCUAAUGAAUUCUGUUAUAUUCAGUGUUGUCUUGGCUCUCUACUCCAAGAAUGGUCGGUGAAUGCGGGCGUAAAGGAGGAAUACGUUCACGAAAUGUGAGUACAAGGAGUUGACCUUAUUUGAGCAAAACUUCGCAGUAUUUUUUUGUAUUAAAAAGAGCCGUUUGGGAAUGUUUCUCUUCUCAUUCCCGUUUGACGAACAAAACUCUUCUCGGUUAGUUUUUUAUUAUUGUUUUAAGUUGGGUGGUAAGGCCUUUGCAUUGCGUGACGUCACGUUGCUUGAAGCGAAGACUCGCGUUUGUUGAAUUUCGGACUCACGAUUAGUGUGCGAACUAACCGUCGAUCGGCUAAUAAAGUUUGUUGUCGGUAUUUUUCUUCUACAAAUUACAGUCGUUAAAAACGUUGAGUUGAAAACCGUUGAUACUAGAAUCAACAAUCGGCCCAAAAUUGAGCGCAGAUGGUUCAGCAGCACUCAGAAACCUGAGAACAUACGUUGUAAGAUGGUGCCUUGAAGUAACCUUUUCGCCUUGUUUCAGGUGUCGAUACGGAGCCAGCGAAUUGCACUCUGUCGCCGCUUUCAUAGGAGGUAAGGCCAAUAUUUUGCCUGUACUACUCAACUGGGCACACCAAGUGAUCCAAGUGAUGAUAUCUGGGCGCGUUGGUCAGCCAAGCCACCGUACCGUUUAUUUAACACCAACUGCGAUAUGCUUUUGAAAGUAUCUUAUGAUUGUUAAAAAAAAGCUAAAUGCACCAAAGCCGGACACGAAAACCCCUGAAAACCAACAGGUGGAAAAAACAGGGAAUGUGUACCUCCAACUAAGGCAGUGGUGCCACCCUCGCGGUUUUAGGGCAUUCUAUGAUCUUACGAAUAACAUGAUAAACACAAGUAGAUAACUGAUAGAUAAAGAAGUAUACGAGUAUAGCUCCUAGUAAAACCUGAUGUGAACGUGGCAAUAUUUCAGGGAAAAAAUUAAAUAAUGAGUGAAAUAAAUAAAUAAAUAGAUUGAAACGAAACCUAACAACUCUACACGGCGAAGGCUGACCGCAGAAUUCCUCGCCCUGCCAACGGCCUCAAAGUAAAAAAUACGAUCCCAUAACUCUCCCUGCACCUCGCACCCGCCUUCAUUCCUCUGGUGCGUACCGGCAAGAUAUUAAUUUAUGCCAAUAAGGAUUAUCAUAAAUUUCAGUUGGUGUUGGUUCAAUUCCUUCUGGAUUUUGAUUUGAAUUUUGUGUUCCGCCCGUAUGGGAGUCGUCCGCGAACAUUUUCUGUUCCAGGAUGCUAAAGUUAAUGUCCAAGGACAAAUAUCCGUUCAUAUUUUCGCGCAAAAUAGAGGCUAUUGUGUUUAUUAACGUUCAAAUAUUUUGCAAGGCGCGUGAAAAAAUGUUCGGUGAAUAUCGCUUGGGUAAUAUACUCGGAUAUCACUAAGUUUUAACUGGGGGUAUUCGAUCACGUUGCUGCAUUUAGACCAAUCGCGCGCGGGCGAAACUAUUUGAUCGAUCGUAAUGAGGAGUAGUCAUUAAGUAUCUGUACGUUUCCUUUUUCUUCAUCAGGUGCAGCAGCUCAAGAAAUUGUCAAACUUGUGACCCGUCAGUUUGUACCCUUCGAUAAUACAUAUAUCUACAACGGGAUCACAGGUUCCUCGACAACUUUGAAACUCUGAGCCAACUCCGACAGACAUGUGUCGUUCAACGGACACGUGUCUCUCUAGUUUGAUUCCUUUGGUAGAAAAGUAGAUAGCGACGCUCUUUUGUCUUUGGCUUUGGUCGUUAUUGUUUCUAAUCUCACUAAACACCAAAAUGCAACUUCGCACGACUUUCUUCCUUCUUCUUCGAGAAGAGGAAGUUAUGAA